AUGGUGACGCUGACAGAUGUCAGAGAGCGAGCACUGGCUGCAUGUGCAGUGCUGCACCAAGCAGAAGACAGUACCUGCCCAAAAGGGCUUGCUCUCUGGGCAGACAUGCGACAGAUUUCUGACUUCUGUUUGGACUUGAUAGUGCAUCCAGGUGGAGAAGAGGUUUUGCUCGAACAAGCUGGUAGAGAUGCCACAGAGAGCUUUGAAGAUGUUGGGCAUUCCACAGAUGCCAGGGACAUGCUCAAGCAGUACUACAUAGGGGAGAUCCACCCGCACGAUCGUAAAAAAGAAGGUUCUAAGGAUCCAAGUAUGACAUCCUCAGGCCAAGCAAGUUUCUGGUCAACGUGGCUAAUCCCCAUCGUCGGAGCACUGGUCAUAGGUUUAAUGUAUCGCUAUUACAUGUUGGAUGGGAGAACCUCUUGA